GGGCGGAGCUGGGUGCCGGGGGCGCGGGGCGCGGGCGGCUCCGGCUCGGUUCUCCUCCAUUCAUCGGGAUCGCGGCGGGGCUCGGCGGCGGCGGCAGGAUGGCUGCACGGCUGCCCGCGCUCCUGCCCCUGCUCCCGUUGCUGCUGCUGCUGCCGGGCCGGGGGCCACCGGGGGCCCUGGGCAACCGGCACGCCGUGCACUGGAACAGCUCCAACCUGCACCUGCGGCGGGAGGGCUACACCGUGCAGGUGAACGUCAACGACUACCUGGACAUCUACUGCCCCCACUACAACGCCUCGGUGCCCGAGCACCGGCUGGAGCAGUACGUGCUCUACAUGGUGAACGCGGAGGGCUACCGCACCUGCAACACCAGCCAGGGCUUCAAGCGCUGGGAGUGCAACCGGCCCCACGCGCCCCACAGCCCCAUCAAGUUCUCGGAGAAGUUCCAGCGCUACAGCGCCUUCUCGCUGGGCUACGAGUUCCGUGCGGGGCAGGAGUACUACUACAUCUCCACGCCGACGCACAACCACCGCCGGGCCUGCCUGAAGAUGAAGGUGUUCGUCUGCUGCGCCUCCACGUCGCACUCCGGGGAGAAGCUGGCGCCCACCCUGCCGCAGUUCACCCUGCGGCCCGAGGUGAAGAUCGAGGACCUGGACAACUUCAACCCGGAGAUGCCCAAACUGGAGAAGAGCAUCAGCGGCACCAGCCCCAAGCGGGAACACUUGCCCUUGGCCGUGGCCGCCGCGCUCUUCCUCAUGACGCUGCUGGCCUCCUAGCUCCCGGUGCCGGCGGGGGCCCAGCCAGCGUGGCUCCGCCGAGUGGGGACCCCCCGACCUGCUGCCCCUCGUGAGAAGCCGGUGGGAACCACCGUGGGACCACGCACCCCCCACCCCCGCCCCUGCCCGGAGAGCCGCCCCGUGGGGCAGGGGCCCGCGGCACGCGCCCAUCCCGGCUGGGACUCGUCCCCCCCCCCGCCACCGCGCCGACGGCUGCGGCCACGUCUGCGAGGAUGCGGCUCGGUGCCACCAACACCGUCCCACGGCGCGGAGUCCUGCCCGCAGCCCACCUUGGUGCCCCAUGGCUGGGGGGGCAGCGGCCGGGGGAGCCCGGCGAGGGCAGGGACCCCCAGGGCCGGGCAGGCUGUACAUACCUAUAUAGAGAUCUAUACAUACUGUACAGAGAGCGACUAUAGAGAUAUAUCUAUACUGUACCAUAGGCAGCAGCGCUGGCCCUGGCUGGCUUGUACAUAGUCGAACGUGUUGGAUUUUCCUCGUCUUCCGUGAAGACCCGACCUAUGCAAACGCACAGACACUUUUUGGGGAAAAACAAAACAAGACAAAACAAAAAAAAAAAAAACAAAACAAACAAACUCAACCUUUUUUUCAAGUGCUUUGGCUGGUGAUU